CAGAACUGACAAAAAAGAAACUUAUUACUCAUUUCUCAAAAGCUCAAAUUCUUUUUCUCCUCAAAAUGGCGUGUUUUCGCUUUUCGUCAUCAGUUUUUCUGCUGUUGCUCAUUGCUUUAUCAAUUCAGGUUGAUGCACGGCAACUUCUCGACACGAAACCUGAACUUCCUAUCUUACCAAAACCUGAAUUGCCAGAGUUGCCAAAGCCUGAAGUGCCUGAAUUACCGAAACCUGAGAUGCCAAAAUUGCCAGAGUUGCCAAAACCUGUACUACCCAAGUUACCUGAGUUGCAAAAACCCGAAGUUCCAAAGGUGCCGGAAUUGCCAAAACCUGAACUCCCCAAGAUUCCUGAAUUGCCAAAACCUGAAGUCCCAAAAGUGCCGGAAUUGCCUAAACCUGAAGUCCCCAAAACUCCUGAAUUGGAAAAACCUGAAGUCCCAAAGUCGACUGAUGAAUUGGAAAAAACUGAAGUUCCAAAGGUGCCAGAAUUGCCAAAGCCAGAAGUACCCAAGAUUCCUGAACUACCAAAACCAGAAUUCCCAAAGAUGCCUGAACUUCCCAAGAUCCCUGAAAUGCCAAAACCCGAACUCCCCAAGAUUCCUGAACUGCCAAAACCCGAACUCCCCAAAAUCCCCGAUCUGCCAAAACCUGAAGCCUCAAAAAUUUCUGAAUUGCCGAAACCUGAACUUCCCAAGAUUCCCGAAUUUCCAAAACCUAAACUUCCAAAGGUGCCAGAAUUGCCCAAACCCGAACUCCCCAAGCUUCCCGAGUUCCCCAAACCAGAACUCCCAUCUCUUCCACACUUUCCGGAGCUUCCAAAGCCGACAUUGCCUACCAUACCAAUUGCUCCCAAAGACAUCAAACCACCUCAGUCAACUACUAAUACUCCUUAAAGCAAUGCUUACAUAUAGACCAUUUGAUGCUACCUCGGCGGAUUUUACAUAGCUUUCUUCAUAUUCUUCGAUAUUACUAUUGCAUCAUUUAAUACUGUUUAGCAACAGGAAUUUGCAUUGUUUGUUUGGUUUGUUAUUCUUGUAAUAUUUGUUGUAUAUUAAGAUUGUCAUUAUCAUUUAUAAUACUUCUGUUGAAUCA